AUAAAACACAACGCAUUGGCUUUUUUUACUCUUUGUCAAUUGUACGCACCCAUUUUUGUCUUUAUUUUUAUAUAAUAUGAUGAUGCAGUACUGUAUCAUGGAAAGGUGUUUUGUACGUGUUAAUUCUUCCACGCAUGUGCUGUUGGGCCGCACCUGCGCUGCGGCUUAGCGCGCCUUUUGUCGCGUUGCUCGUGCAGAUAACGGGAGUUACAAAAAGGAUUAGGAUGGUUGGAUUCUAUUCCAGGUUUAGCUCCCCAUUACCAGCAGCGGAAUUGCCAGCGAGCAGACUGUUCGCGCCGGCGGCACCCGCAGCAGCUCUGACGCGACCCCUGGCGGGUUUCGCGGGCGGAGUGUUGUCGCGUGCCAUGGCGUCUCUUGCGCAAAUGCAUCGCACUGGGCCGCACGUUAAAACCAGGAAAUCUAGAAACCCGCUCAAUGGAAACCCUUUUGCUAAGGGCGUGGUCUUAAAAACGCUCAUCAAGAAGCCGAAGAAGCCGAACAGCGCGAACCGCAAAUGCGUGCUGGUCCGGCUUUCCAACGGCAAAGAGAUGGUGGCGUACGUGCCCGGCAUCGGACACAACCUGCAGGAGCACAAUAUCGUGCUCGUGCGCGUCGGACGAGUGAAGGACUGCCCGGGAGUUAAGCUAAAGUGCGUGCGCGGCAAGUUCGAUCUGCCGCACGUCGUCAAGCAGAAAGUAGCGGCCGUCUGCACAACCCCUUCCAGGCACCCUCAAGCCCCGCCCAUUGCGUUGAAGGGCGCUUGAGCACCCCAGAUCGAAAUCAUUCGUGCUCCAUUCUCCGUUUGGACCACACUCAUUAGCUGCCAAGUGUGUCAGUGCAACAAUCAUGUCUCUGUGGACUCCGUACGCCGAGGCGCCACUGGAUCUCACCAAG